UUUCAUCAGAAAAAAAAUAUUUGUUUUGAAAUUUUAUUUCUGCAAAACAGAAUAGAAAAUGUCUCAACCGAACAAAGAUGCUCCAAAAUCACAAAAAAUAAUACAAGUAAAUUCAUCAUCAAUUGUAGAUUUGAAAGCUGAAUUAUUUCGAAAACAAGAACAAGUUCGACAGCAAAAAAAUUCCACAGAUUCAACAAUAAUACAAUGUGAUAAACAUCUGUAUGAUCAAGGUGCCAACAAAACAAGCACAUUACCCAAAAAACUUUUGGAAGCUGUGCAACAAUCUGAUGAUAACAAUAAACGAAACAAACAAUCAUUAAUUAAGAAAAAAGAUGAUGAACAAGAUAAAAAAGAAUUAACUGAAGCUGAAGAACGUGCUUUACAGAAAAGUCGAGAGAAUCUUGAAAGAAAAGCCAAAUUAUAUGACCAAAUUUCUAAAGGUCAAGUAGAAAUUGAUCCUGAUGAUGAAAAUAUCCUGGUAAAUUUUAAUCAAAAACAUUCCAUUUAUGAAUCCGAUGAAGAUGAUAAAGAAGAAGAUCUAGUCGAAUAUAUUGAUCAAUUUGGACGAACAAAAAUGGUCACUCGAGAUGAAUUAGAACAAUUAGAAAAAGAACGUGAAGAAGAAGAACGUCGUGAAUUACAAUUACAAGAAGAAGAAUCAAAUUCAGAUUAUGAUUCAGAGACAAAUAAUUUACCUCCUCCACCAAAACCAACUGUAUCCAAUAUUCAUUAUCAACAUGUUCGUGAAGGUGAAAUUCGUGAUCAUGGUGUUGGAUUCUAUUCGUUUAGCGAAGAUGAACAAAUUAGACGUCAACAAAUGGAAAUGCUUGAUCAAUUACGUAAAGAAACUGAAUCAAAUAAAAAUGAAAAACGAAGAAUUAAAGAAAAACGAAAACGAAUGUUAAAAAGUCGUUUGGAAAAAAUUGCUGCACGAAAAGGUAUAACAUUGCCCAUUGCAAAAUCCGAUGAUAUCGAUGAUGAUGAUGAUGAUGAUGAUGCGAGUGAUGAUAAUAAAGAUUCGAAUAAAAAAAUUCGUUUGGAAAAAGCUACAUUAGAAAUAAAAAUACCACAAACCAUUGGUCCACGAGAAUGGGAUCUAGGUAAAGAAGGUGUUACGGAUACAAACAUUCGAACAAAAACACCAUUCUAUUCGCAAGAAAGAUAUCAGGAAAAACUUCGCAAAGAACGUAAUCCAGAAUUUGCACCACCAACAUUAUAUCAUCAUUCCGGAAAAUCAUCAUUUCCAAAUGAACGACAACGUUCGCAAUCUAAUUCUAGUUCAAAAUCUGAACAUCCAGAUAUGUUUCAAUUUAUAAAGGAAAAAAUUUCCGAAAUACGAAAAAAAUCCUGAAAAAUAAAAAGUUUUUGUUUUUUC